GUCGUGUGGGCGGUAAGGGGUCUACCCACCUCUGCCCAUCGGUUCUACUCGAUUGAUACUGUUUUGCAUGGAGCCGUGCAAGGGGAGUUCCAUAAGAGAGCGAGCCGGCGCGUAAUGAGAAAACCUCGUAGCCUACAUCUCCCUAGUAGCCCAUAGGCCUACCAACAGAUAGCCUAAUGAGGGUGGCAGCAAACAGAAGCUCUUGUCCUGCGGAUACUUCUACCAGCCCACUCUGAGCGUAAGCUCACUGAAUCUGCAGCCGGUAUGGCUGGUGGUCGAAGAGGUCUCGUGGCCCCACAGAAUACUUUUCUAGAAAAUAUUGUUAGGCGAUCAAACGUUUGGACAUUAUCUCAUAGACAGACAGACACAAAUUUUGUACUGGGCAAUGCUCAGAUUGUGGACUGGCCGAUUGUGUACAGUAAUGAUGGAUUUUGCAAACUAUCUGGUUAUCAUCGUGCUGAGGUUAUGCAGAAGAGCAGCACCUGCAGCUUCAUGUAUGGAGAGCUCACAGACAAAGACACAUGCGAGAAAGUUCGACAAACAUUUGAAAACUAUGAAAUUUUCUCCUUUGAAAUUCUCAUGUACAAGAAGAACAGAAUGCCGGUGUGGUUCUUUGUGAAGAUUGCCCCGAUUCGGAAUGAACAAGAUAAAGUGGUGCUGUUUCUAUGUACUUUCAACGACAUUACAGCUUUCAAGCAACCUAUUGAAGAUGAUUCAUCAAAAGGUUGGGGGAAGUUUGCUCGUCUGACGCGAGCUUUGACAAGCAGCCGUGGGGUCAUCCAGCAGCUGGCUCCUACUGUCCAUAAAGGCGAGAAUGUCCAUAAGCACUCACGUCUGGCAGAGGUGUUGCAGCUGGGCUCUGACAUUCUUCCCCAGUAUAAGCAAGAGACUCCCAAGACCCCUCCUCACAUUAUCCUGCAUUACUGUGCCUUCAAGACCACCUGGGACUGGGUCAUCCUCAUCCUCACUUUCUACACAGCCAUUAUGGUGCCCUAUAACGUCUCCUUUAAGACCAAGCAGAACAAUGUCACCUGGCUGGUGGUGGACAGCAUUGUGGAUGUAAUCUUCCUGGUGGACAUUGUGCUGAACUUCCAUACUACGUUUGUCGGACCAGGAGGGGAGGUGAUAUCUGACCCCAAGCUUAUCCGCAUGAACUAUGUGAAGACCUGGUUUGUCAUUGACCUGCUGUCCUGUUUACCUUAUGAUGUCAUCAAUGCCUUUGAGAAUGUAGAUGAGGGCAUCAGCAGUCUCUUCAGCUCCCUGAAGGUGGUGCGUCUGCUGCGUCUGGGCCGCGUGGCGCGUAAGCUGGACCACUACAUUGAGUACGGCGCGGCCGUGCUGGUGCUGCUGGUGUGUGUUUUCGGGCUGGCCUCCCACUGGCUGGCCUGCAUCUGGUACAGCAUCGGCGACUAUGAAGUCAUCGACGAGGACGCCAAUAUGGUGCGGACAGACAGCUGGUUGUACCUGCUGAGCGAAACGAUGGGAACCCCAUAUCGCUUCAACGCCACGGGCACUGGGAGAUGGGAGGGCGGCCCAAGCAAGGACUCGGUGUACAUCACCUCCCUCUACUUCACCAUGACCAGCCUUACCAGCAUCGGCUUUGGAAAUAUCGCCCCUACAACAGACGGGGAGAAGACCUUUGCUGUAGCCAUGAUGAUGAUUGGAUCCCUUCUGUAUGCAACCAUCUUUGGUAAUGUCACCACCAUCUUCCAGCAGAUGUAUGCCAACACCAACAGAUACCACGAAAUGCUGAACAGUGUCCGCGACUUCCUGAAGCUCUACCAGGUCCCUAAGGGUCUGAGUGAGAGAGUGAUGGACUACAUAGUGUCCACCUGGUCCAUGUCCAGGGGCAUUGAUACUGAUAAGGUGCUGCAGAUCUGUCCAAAAGACAUGCGUGCAGACAUCUGUGUUCACUUGAACCGGAAGGUUUUUAAAGAACACCCGGCCUUCCGAUUGGCCAGUGAUGGAUGUCUUCGUGCUCUUGCUAUGGAAUUUCAGACGGUUCACAGUGCCCCUGGUGACCUGAUCUUCCAUGCAGGCGAGAGUGUGGACAGUCUCUGCUUUGUGGUGUCGGGGUCAUUAGAGGUCAUCCAAGAUGAUGAGGUUGUUGCCAUCUUGGGAAAAGGGGAUGUUUUUGGGGAUGUGUUUUGGAAGGAGCUGAAUCUGGCACAGUCCUGUGCGAAUGUACGGGCACUCACAUACUGUGACCUUCAUAUCAUAAAGCGUGAUGCUCUGCAGAAGGUUCUGGAGUUCUACACAGCUUUCUCAAACCACUUUGCACGCAACCUGCAUCUGACAUACAACCUAAGGAAAAGGAUUGUUUUCCGUAAAAUUAGCGAUGUGAAACGAGAGGAGGAGGAGCGACUGAAGAGAAAGGACGAGGCGCCGCUGAAUCUCCCUCCAGACCACCCCGUGCGUCGUCUGUUCCGGCGUUUCCGGGAGCAGAGGGAGGCGCGACUGGCCGCGGAGAGGGCGAGGCAGGCCCUUCUGGAGGGGAAGGACAUCGAGAAGGGCUCCAUCCGCGCAGAGCAGACCACACUGGUCUGUGAAGUCAUUCCAGCCACGAGCAUGAUCACGGUCACAGAGAGUCCCUCCGCUCCCAUUACAUCAUCCUCCUCGUCCGCCGCUACCAAACUCACCAGUCGUGCCAAACUCGAUGCCCCCUACGGCAUGCCAGAUGGUCUGAAGUCAGCAGAGCUGCCAAAGGGUCGAGGGUGGGGCCGCUUUAAGGAGACGCCAGGUAAGCGUGACCACACCCAUCACGCCUGGGUCACUGUGGCCAAGGCCGAGUCCAUGGAGACGCUGCCAGACCGGACAAAGUCGCAUGAUGAAGUCAUCUUGCUGAAGAAAACAGAUUCAUGUGAUAGUGGCAUAACCAAGAGUGACCUCCGUCUGGACAGCGUUGGGGAAGGGGUGUCUCAAACCCCUCAGGACUGCAGUCCGGUGCAAGCGCCGAUGACCGGGGCAGCAGGAGAGGGCAGACGUGUGUUCCAGGUGACCGCUGAGCAGCAGGACGUGCAGACGGCCCUGCUGGAGCUGCGGCAGGAGCUGAGGGGAGAGAUGCGGGCACUCAGUGGCCGCAUCACUGCCCUGGAGGGACAGCUGGCGGAGAUGCUGCGGCUCCUCCGUCUCAAGACGAGGUUUCCUAAGGGCACGCUACUGAGAAGCUGGCUCACCAAGUCCCGGCCCAGACUGCUGCUGCUCAUCGCGGGCUUGAAGAGGCCUCAGGUGACGCUCAUGCGGAGGAAAAGGAUGAAGCGUACCAAAGUAGCAAAGGCCACGUAAGCGAACCUGCAAUCGAAUGCCACAUUUCACUUGAGAUCUUGGCCCGAAGACUGACCCUGCCUGGAUUUAACAUGGAAGACAACACGGAAGAGCUAAGAUUUCAAACUCUGCAGACUCAACGAACUAAAAGCAAAAGUCAACAGAGGGCAGUGAAACAUGUGAAAACAAGGGAUCGACCACAGAAAUCCAAACCUCCUGAUUAAUGGAGAUGUACUUACCCAAACUCUAAUCCUUUCUAAAGGCCAUCUGUACAGUACAUCUCCUUUCUUUAAAAUACACAUCUGUUAUGGUUCAUUAUCCUUC